GUUGCGAGGAAGGGAGGAAAGAGACGGGUUUGUCGUGAAGGGACUGGGUACUUGUAGUUGAAAGUAUCAGUACUUUUUAUCGUGUGUAGUCCAUUCACCAAAUUGUUACUGAAAUAAUAUGUUUGACAUCUGUCAAAUUUUGAUAAUGUGUAGCACACAGAGCGCCACCAGUUAGUGAGUUGAGGAGACAACCGUGGACCGAGCAGACGACGAACGACGAUUUGAAAGUUCGAAGUUUUGAAGGCUAGCUGCUUCACAAUGGAUUGGCGGGAAGACUGGCUGAAAUCCACGAAAAGAAGGCGAAGAGGUCGUCUGCCUCCAUCUCCCAACACUAAACUAAAAAUGAGGGAUGAGAUGAAAGCUGAGCAUCGCAGGAAAGAACGCGAACGACAUAGAUCAGUUUCCGCUCUGACAGAUGAGUUGUGCAACAUGGUCCCGAUGGACUAUGGCCCUCCAAGCAGCAGGGUAAAGCAGCUUGAAAUGACAGUCAGGUACUUCUUAUAUCUCGAAGAGGUCAUUAGAGAUGUCUGUGCUGCAAAAAAUGUGCCAGUUCCACCGAGGUGCCAGCUUAUGUCGCAUCCUUCUGAAGAAACGCAAGAAGUACACACUUCUCGUUCCCUUAUAUUUUACGCACUCGAUCAAUUAAUUACCUUUAUAAAACAGGAAAAUCGUGAGGAAGCUAAAAGGAAAUUUGAUUCAGACGACGACUCAAAUCUUCCGGACCUCGAACUUGAAAGGGCGGUGCGAGAGAUUCAGGAGUACAAUAAACAGAACCAUCAGGGUAUCUCGGAAGAAGACUGGAAUGCCGCUGGAAGUUCUCAACAAUCCCAGCCUCAAAUCGCAUAUGUGGACAUUGUUUGCGAUCCAACACAUAUCCCUCCUUUACGGGAGGCUCCCGAAUAUUUCGUGGUGCCUUACAGUGAAGUGUGCGGCGCAGUACAGAUUGCGCCGUAAUUCCACCAACCUCUGCCACCAACCAG